AUGAACUUCUCGACAAUGUGGAAUAACAAUUAUCCGCCAAAAUUAGCCGAGUUAGACCUCAAAUCUCGCGAAAAAACUGAACCAACUGACCUGGCUUCUUUAGAAGAAGAAAGAGAAAUAGCAAAACAGCAAUUAGAAAAUAUGAAGCAAGUUUUUUUUAAUUUUGCUAUGAGUUUUCUUUUAAUCGGUGCUUUUUCGCUCCAUCCCUUUGCUUUUGAUCGCAGCAAUAGUUUAUUCGGUGGAAAAGCUGAGAUUAUUCACGAAAAGGCACCACCUGAAUUAGCUAAAAAAGUACAAUUAGAAAUAAAAGCCGAAGAGACACAGCAUUUGCUAAACAACUUUUUGAAAUUAGAGGAAUUGUUGGCAAAGUUUCGACAGGUACAACUAAAAAAUAGUCAAUUUUACCAAAAACAAGCAAAACUCACUUUGUCAAACCUUCAACAAUUAACUAAAAACUAUUUAACUCACAAAAUAAAGCAAGAAAUUGUUUGUCAUAAUGCGACAGUUUCUGCUAAAAAUUUUCUAAUUAUUCAAUCAGUAUCUCGUCUUUCAAUUCGUGGAAUUACUAGCGAACAUAAAAAAGGAAAAGAAGCCACUGAGUUAGUUAUUAAUUUGAAAAAAAGAUUGAAUGCCCAAGAGAAAGAAUUAGCAGAUAUAGAAAAAGAACUACAGCAGUCAAUCGAAAAAAUUCCUAAUUUUCCUGCCCUGGAUACGCCUUUGAAAGAAAACAAAAUUAUUGAUGAACCAAAACACAACUGA